ACGCUCUGGAAACGUCGACUGGGAGACGCUUUUCGGUGCCCGGCGCGCAAACAUUUAUUUGUUUAGCGCGCUUUAUCCGUUAGAGCACAGUUGACUUCGCCAGUCAACUUUAGGAAGUGAUGUAUGUCAAACACAAGGUCGAAAGGAGGCCUCGAAUUCGUUUAUGCAAUAAUAACAGGAGAACUACAGCUCGAGCGAGCCGCGUGAGUUUCAGCGAGGUCGUUCGGCGAGUGCGAGCCGCUCGGAGAAGUCGCUCACAGCAUCGAUGACAGAUGCAAAGCGUCCCCUCCCACUCGAUUCUGUGCGGCCCCACUUCAGAUCCAACUCCAAAUUACAUGCAUAGCCUCAAUGGUGCACGGGGGGAAAUGAAGGGCCAGCGCGCCAGGCUACAAGUUAGCUCCUUAACUUUAUAGCGUCUUCGUGUAUGGUUGGGAAAAGAGUAGCCCUUCGACGGCCAUCAAAGUGUUUUGGACACCGCAACAGACGCGGACGCUUGCGCAUCGUUUUGUGGGUGGGGGGGUGGUCGGAGCUUCGCGGCUAACCGAGCCGAGCUAGUUGUUAACUUCAGCUAGCGGUUGCUUCAACGUCGUUUUGUUUUACUUUUAAGCCAGCUCGCGCUGUCGGGGUUAUCCGCCAAAAGAAUGUUGUUUUGCGCGGAGUUAUAGAUGACACUCCUGGGGAGGCUUUUACUGAGCACCGAACUAGCUGACUGGCUACCCGCGCUGCAACAACGCUUCCCCUCGGACGCUUGUGUGUCUUUUGUGGGCUCCCUGCUCUCCCUCGGCUGAAACAGCUAGCUCACGUUAGCUAGCAUACCCGCCCGAGCAAGCGGGCUAAUAUUGCGGGAGUCGAAAAGCGGAAUAACCAGCAGGCUCGAUGGACCACAUGUCCAUAAUAACCCAAGUUUCCAACCCGAAGGAGGAAGAAAUAAUAUCCUUCAACCAGGAAAAAGCAUCCCAGACCAACAGCAGCCUCAAGAAGCAGAGGAGCAGGAGCAUCUUCAGCACAUUCUUCUGCUGCUUCCGCAACUACAAUGUGGAACCGCCCACAGCCAAUAGCAACACAGCUCCCCUGCCUCCCCCUCCAACCGAGGAGAACGGAUCGCCACCCAAGGAGUGUGACAAGGUCGAGGUCCUCCCUGUCCCUAGUCCGCCAGCCAAAUACCUCCUACCAGAGAUGAAAAUAUCGGACUACGGUAAAAAGUGUGUUGUGAUCGACUUGGAUGAAACGCUCGUCCACAGCUCAUUUAAGCCAAUCAGCAAUGCAGAUUUUAUUGUUCCAGUGGAGAUCGAUGGCACAGUUCAUCAGGUGUAUGUGCUGAAACGACCACACGUGGACGAAUUCCUUCAAAAGAUGGGAGAGUUGUUUGAAUGUGUGCUCUUCACAGCCAGUCUCGCAAAGUACGCAGACCCCGUGGCAGACCUGCUGGACCAGUGGGGCGUGUUCAGGGCGCGACUCUUCAGAGAGUCCUGCGUGUUCCACAGGGGCAACUAUGUUAAGGACCUCAGCCGGCUCGGGCGAGAGCUCAGCAACGUCAUCAUUGUUGACAACUCACCCGCCUCGUACAUUUUUCACCCAGAAAAUGCUGUGCCGGUCCAAUCUUGGUUUGACGACAUGAAUGACACGGAGCUGCUGGACCUGCUGCCUGUCUUUGAGGGACUUAGCAAAGAAGAGGAGGUUUACGGGGUCCUCCAGAAUCUGAGAGGCAGGUAGCAUCUGCACUCGCCAACCCACUCCCCCCCCCCCCCCCCCAACUUGCUCUCUCCAAUACAUCUCACGACUGAGGUGACGCGGGGUCCCGCCACACUAGUCUCAUCUCCUGGUGACUGGCUGCAUUCGGAGUGCCAUCUCAUAUGAGAAGAAAUGCACUUAAUUCACCCAACAACAAAAAUACUCACGUGAAGAUUUGAAGUUGCCACCAUUGGGGACAAAAUGCUAUGAGGAAAGAACUCUGGUCUUUAUUUUCAAACCAACAAAGUUUUACUAUUUGGUUAAGUGCUUCAAACCAAAAAAAAAAAAAAACCCCAACAACAAAACAAAAAACAACUUUAUGGUCUGAAACUUCUAAUGUGGAACGGCACAAAGGUCGGAAAAGAUUUUGUCCUUGUGUUGUUGCUAUGCAGGCAGUUUGUGGUCACGGGAAGGACUGUGACUCUUUUCUUACUGUGAAUGAAGUGCCUUGUGUGUGAGUAUUGUUUCUACAGGGAGCUCUUUUCUACAUGGCAUAUUUCCUCAGUGCUCCAGGUUUUUCACACAGUAUGCUUUCGAGUGGACACGCAAGUAUCUUUAUAUCACAUAUUUCCUGAAAUUUGGAAUCAUCAGAUGUCUCUGUGGUGUUUUUUUUUUGUGUUUUUUUUUUUUUAAUGCCUGUGCCAUCAUACAGACGCGACUUUUGUGUCUUUCUGCGUUCAUUGUAUUACAUAAAGCGAGUGGAUUUGUUUUAGGCAAAGCUUGUGACCGUAAACCUGAUUUCUCCCAGCUGCAAGUUCUUCUUUUUUGUUGUGGUUUUAAUCUUGAAACUAAAAUGUGCCAUUUAUUCUUUUGGUUGCUCCCUUUUGUUUUAGUUGCCAAACUAUGGACAAUUUUUCAUGGGCUUAUGUUAAAACGGUGUUCAUGUGAUAGGUAGUAUUGCGUUAUACAGUAGGUUUUAUUAAUUUCAUAGCUGUUGAAUGAAUCCAGAUACUUUUAAUAUUCUACACUUUAUUGUUUUGUGUUGGUCAUUGUCAGUGUUGGAGCCCACAUUUGUAUUCUGCACAUCGGUGCAGCUUCAUCCACGGGUGUUUUUGGCCCUUCCUCUAGAAUUGUACAGUUGAGGACAAUGCCAUGCUUCGACUCCCCCCCUGCCCCAACCACGAGGUUUGCAUCUUCUAGCAUAGAGUCAGGCCUGGACCGAUCACACCCUUUUCUUCCUGGUCAAGUUACAGUGAGGUGCAUCACUGGAGGAGGUGUGCGUGUUUGUACAUGCGUGUGGCAUUUUCCUUCAGAGACUCUUUUUGAACUGUUCUUCACCUCAGUGCCUGUUUGAGAGGAGCCGCGCACGCCGAAUGCCGCAACAUUUGCGACCAUGGCAAUAACCUUUUUAUUUGGGAAGGAGCGUCUUUGGGGCGUAAAUCAUAAUCCCGAUUGAUGGGCUUGUGUGCGGAGAACUUCGUAAGACUCGGUACAAGUAUGGUUGGGCUGGCCCGUGCACUUCUCACAGUGCUGUUCAGUUAUCAUGAGCGACUUUUCGUAUGACCUUGUGGUCAUACCUAAAAAUUAUUAGAAUGUUUAAGAAAAACAAAAAAGGUUACCAAUAUAUUCCAGACAUGACUUGAAUGAUUAUUUGUGCUGUUCGGCAACAGUAGCCAAACAAAGGUUGUCAUUCAUUGCCAUAGUAACUGGCCUUGGAAACCUAAAGAUGGCCGCCCAGUCCUCCCGGACCAGCUAAAACACUAAUAGGUCACUGGCAGAAUCUCAACAUGGCAUUGCUGCCUUCUGCCUUUGGACGUGUAACGCAAUGUUUGACCAGAUCGACACGUCAUCAACCAUUUAUGUCCAUUGUACAUCGGGUGUAUCAAUAUUCUGAAAAAUGGGAGGUCUGUGGCGUCGUCUUUUAUUAGACCCACACAGGAAAUGACAUUUACCUCUGUUGCUCCUUUUAUGGGUCAUGGCAUCAAAACAUUUUCAAGGUAAAAGUCUGCUCCUUUUGCAACAUAUAUGUGAUGGGAGUGAGCAAUUUCUUCACGUGGUUUCAGUGCCAUGUCCUUUUUAUAAGACUCUUCGCAACCUGCGGAUGAUUUACUUGCUCCAGGAAAAAAAAAAAAGUUUGUAUCAUUAUGAUAUUUUUCUAGCUUUUAUUGUCAGUAUUUGGUCAAAAAAAAGUUGCAUCGUUUUCAUGAUUCCUUCACCGCAACCUUUGUUGAUCCUACUUGCCAGUGAUGGUGACUUCUCAGUCAGGUCUUUUCUUUCCGAUUCAGGGGACGCGUGUGUGAGUGUGCGCAUAUUGGUUUUCUUUCGGGCAUCACCUCACUUAAAAAUAUUCAUCAGUUGGUUUAUGAAUUUAACACCAAAGUUCUAAAACACUUGAGUUCACUGUGCUUAUGUUCUUUGGUUGGUGUAUAUCUGGAGGGGUUGUCGAAUUCUCACUAUUUUAACACUUUUCAGUUCUUAUUGGGUAUGCGUGUGUACUGGCACCCUGAGCAUCUUGUUUUGUUUUUUUCCCACGGUCUCAUUUCUUUCCAUAAUAAAAGGCUUCAAUGGGACAAGUUUCACUUGUCUGAAUGUUGAGGUCAGAAGAA